AUCAACUUUUAAGUUUUAACUAGAAGUUAAAAAGUGAUCUACCUACGUCAAAAGUUAAUACGUAUUUUCACGAAGAAAAAUGUUUUACUAUCAGUUUUUCGUUUCAAUUUAUCUGAAUCUUUUAAUUUGUUCAAAUAGAAUCAUGGGCGACGAACACUUCAUCAAAGAAGCUCUCAAAGAAGUACACGAAAAAAUUCAACGAGCUGCGAAUAAUCGACCUGAUAACCUACAAUAUAUCAUUCCAAGGCUUGUAGCUGUGAGUAAAACUAAACCAGUAGAACUUAUUGUCGAAGCGUACAAAGAAGGGCAGAGACAUUUCGGCGAAAACUACGUCCAAGAACUCAUAGCCAAAGCUUCCGAUAAAAGUAUUCUGGACAAUUGCCCGGAUAUAAAAUGGCAUUUUAUUGGUCAUCUACAAAAAAAUAAAAUCUCUAAAGUGAUCGCUAUACCGAAUUUAUACAUCGUCGAAACGAUCCAUUCGUCCAGACUUGCAACAUCUUUAAAUGAAAAUUGGCCUAAGCAUCAUCCAAAUGAAACACUCAAUGUUUACGUGCAAGUGAACACGAGCGACGAAGAUGAAAAAAAUGGCAUUGCGCCUACCGAAGCACCAAGUUUAGCGAAAUUCAUUAUUGAAAAUUGCCCUAAUUUAAAAUUUCGUGGAAUAAUGACGAUUGGAAAAUACGGAUAUGAUAUCAGCCAAGGCCCGAAUCCUGAUUUUCUUCUGUUGGUUAAAUGCAAAGAUGAUCUCUGUCGAGAAUUAGAGUUACCUGCGGAUCAAGUAGAAUUAUCUAUGGGAAUGUCUAGUGACUACGACCAUGCGUUAUUUAAUUUUUUAAUAGAUUGAGUUGGGCAGCACAAAUGUACGAGUUGGUACCAGUAUUUUCGGCUACAGAGAAAGAAAAGUCAAAAACAAGGAUGCCGGAGAUCAGAAAUGAAUUUAUUUGCAAAUGUAAACAUCAAUUUGAAGCUGGUAACUAUGACUGAAAAAAAAGGAAGGAGAAGAAAUCGAUUGAGCAGAAUACAAGUUCCAUAAAUCGAAGCAUUUGAUUAAACUCUUUAAACAAUUCUUAAAAUGCUUAAUAUUAAUAAAGUAGAUAAUCGUUUAAAAAAAUGUAAUAAAAAAAUCAAUCAAAUGAAUAUAUUAUCUCCAUAAAAA